AUGUCCGUCUUCACCAAAUCAGCUUUCACAAUGUCCGCAUUGCCUUCACCGGCUACAUCUCAACCAGCAUCUGCUGCUCCAUCUAGAAGGGGUUCAUUUGCAGGUUUAGCUUCUGGACAAGUCACUCCCGUAGCUGAACCUCAUAUCGUUUCUAUCAAUGUUGAAUCAGUUCUGUUCGACAUGGAUGGUACACUCAUCAAUUCAUCUGGAGCUGUCGUAAAAGCCUGGAACUUGUUUGCUGAAAAAUAUCCUCUUGAUCUAGAUGAUAUCUUGAGAUCUGCUCAUGGUAUGAGAACCAUUGAUGUGCUCAAGAAAUGGUGCAAAAUUGACGACCCUGAAUUACUUGCCUCUGAGGUCAUCCGAUUCGAAACUGCCAUUCUUAACGCUGCUGAAGAACUUGCCAACUCAAACGGCGGCGGCGGUAUCGAAGUGUUACCAGGUGUCGCCAAACUCUUGGCAGAUUUAGGAUCUGAAGCCGAGUCAAGAAACGGUGAAGAGAAAUGGGCUAUCUGUACUUCAUCUACAUACUUCUACGCUGGAAAAGCCAUCCCAAUCGCCAAACUUCCAGUACCAAAAGUCUUUGUAACAGCGGACUCAGUCACCCGAGGAAAACCUUUCCCCGAUCCUUACCUCCUUGGUGCAUCAGGAUGUAACGCAUCACCAUUUGAAUCUAUCGUCGUCGAAGAUGCACCUACCGGUAUCCGAUCAGGAAAGGCAUCAGGUGCAUUAGUACUUGCCACAUGUACAUCACAUCAUCGAGAAGAACUCGAAAAGGAAAGACCUGAUUUCUUAGUUGAAGAUUUAUCACAUGUUACAGCACAAUGGGAUCCUACUACACAAACAUUCAACUUGAUAAUCGAACAACCCGUUGAUAGAUUCUCGACUCGACCCACACCUGAUGUAACACCCGUUAUAACACCUGCUGGAUCUCGACAAAAUUCAUUCUCUGGUGUAGGUGCCAGAUCAGGAUUUUUCGGUCAACAAUCAUCAAAUACAAAUUUCAAAUCAUCAGAUGAAUUAACAGGAAACGAUUCUGUUGUAGGAUCACCUGAAGCUUCCAGACCUGGUUCACCCACACCAGAGGAUGAAAAGAGGAUUGAAAUGGAAUUCCACAGAAGAGCAAGUCAAUCAGGUAACACUUUAUCGUUAGACGCAUUCAAAAAAGCUUUAGCCGGAAACGCAGCUAAAAGAAGAGCAAACUCUCAGUCUCAAGGUGAACUUGAUCAAGAUAAUUAA